AUGUUACCUCAUCCUAAUCGACCACGUGAUUUACGAAUUACGCCAGCAUCAUCAUCAUCAGUAAUGCGUACAACGGAUAAUACUGGUAAUAAUAUAACAUCAAAACAUACUACCGGCAUGUUUUCUACUUCGUUUCGUGUGCAUGGUACAUCGGGAAAUACAACACCUGCUAACGGUGGUGGUCCGAGUACGUCAGUAGUAGUCGAUGAAAUGGUACCAAUUAAUUCGGCAAAAAAUUCCCGAAAGGUAAAAUAA